GCUCCACCACUCCAGUCCUCAACCUUCUUCCUCCCCUCCUCUCUCUCCCUCCUCUUCUCCAUGGAUAUCAGCUUCUCGCCCAGAUCUCAAACCCUAAUUUCAUGCCUCUCCCUUCUCUCCACCACCACGUCCUCCUCCUCCUUCGUUCACCUCCCUCUCCCCAGCUCCAUCAUCCGAAAGGAAUUUCCCGGGUGCGGGAGCCAGCGGAGGCCUUCGGGCCUCCGAUCUCGAAAGAGAUGCAGGAAAUUAGGGUUCCAAUUUCAGUCUCCUAGGUGCCUCAUCCAGGACUCUCUGGGCGAGAAUUCCGUUCUUGUGGCCGCUGCCGCAGUUGCCACCUUCGCGGCGGCCCUCCAAGUGAUGUAUAGCAGACAGAGGCGUGAAUCUUCCCAGUUUGCAAUUCAUGAAGUCCCUGAUGUUAUGGUGAAUGUUGGACUCAGUGAAAGCCAUCAUGCAGAGCCCAUAAUGUACAAAGAAAAUAGUACACUUGCGAGAGAUCAAGCAAAUGUGUCUCCUGAGAUCUGUGCUUCUGACAUAAAGGAUGCUCAACUGUUAAAACUUCAAGAAAUAUUCAGCAAUACAUUAAGCAAUGAAGUGCAGCCAGCCUCUAAACUUCCUGCUUUCAUUCUUACAGACAAUGCAUCAGCUAAAACAACUGGAACUGAAGAGUUUGAAUGUUCAUCUUCUGAGGUUCACAAAAUUGAUGCAUUAGAGAAAGAUGAUUCUGGAAAGAAAUUGCCAGAUUUGCUGCCUGGAAAACAAAGGCAAGCUGUAGGAGUCUCUGAUGCACCUGAUAUAAUAGUUGAACCUACAUUUAGAUUUUGUUCUAGUGUCCUAGUGGAGAAGAAACAAGCAGAAAUCAAUCAAGACAUUGAGCUAGACUGCAUUGUAGCGAAAGGCAGUGAACUUCGUCCCUCAAGCUGUAAUGGUCUCAUGAAACAAGAUGCCAAAGCAGUUUAUGCUUACAAUAAAGAAAUGCCUGAGGUGAGGUCUAUAUCAUGCUUCGAAAGUUUGAGUGCAGGACCUCUUCAUCUCAUUCUUCAAGAUAACAAUAGCUCUUACUCUCGAUUAAGGCAUGCAGUGAAGUUUGGAGGCAUCCAUGCAAAAAUCUCUCCUCUUUCAGCAGAAGGACAAAAGCCUAGUGCAUGCUUCAACGAAGGCCGUACUAGUAAAGGAGAAAAAAUAGGCAAACACCAUGGAUUCACAAGGGAUAUGGGAAGAAGUCUCAGACAUGGAAAUGAAGAUAAUGCAAAUUUGUCUGGAUUUCCUGAGCCAAAUGGGAAUCUUGUAAAAGGCGCAAAUUAUCCAUCGGGUUAUUUAAGAGCCUAUGAUCGUUUGUUGAGAGAUGGAAGCAGGUUGAGAGAUUGUGUAGACUUGCUGGAAAGUAUGGAAAGAAAGGGAUUGUUGGAUAUGGACAAGGUGAUUCCUUUGUCCUGUAUUUUAUCUCCAGUGUGUUUGCUUAUUGACUUUUGUCAAUUUUUUCAGGUCCAUCAUACCAGCUUUUUGAAGGCCUGUAAGAGUCAGAAAGCUGUAAAAGAGGCAUUUCGUUUUUGUAAAUUAAUUAGGAAUCCAUCAAUGAGCACCUUUAACAUGCUCUUAUCUGUAUGUGCAAGCUCACAAGAUUUUGAUGGAGCUUUCCAGGUUAUGCUGUUAAUAAAAGAUGCUGGGCUAAAGCCUGAUUGUAAACUUUACACCACACUGAUAUCAACCUGUGCUAAAAGUGGAAAAGUCGAUGCCAUGUUUGAAAUUUUCCAUGAAAUGGUGAAUGCUGGAAUCGAGCCAAAUGUCAACACAUACGGUGCACUUAUAGAUGGUUGUGCCAGAGCUGGACAAGUGGCAAAAGCAUUUGGUGCUUAUGGAAUUAUGAGAUCCAAGAAAGUGCAGCCUGAUCGAGUUGUAUUCAAUGCCCUGAUCACUGCAUGUGGUGAGUCAGGAGCAGUUGAUCGUGCAUUUGAUGUUUUAGCAGAGAUGAGAGCAGAGCCUAAACCAAUAGAUCCUGAUCAUGUGACUAUUGGUGCUCUGAUGAAGACAUGCAUUCAAGCCAAUCAGGUUGAUCGGGCUCAUGAAGUGUACAAAAUGCUUCACGAGUAUAAUAUAAAAGGCACGCCAGAAGUUUACACAAUUGCUGUCAAGAGUUGUAGCCAGACAUGUGAUUUGGAAUUUGCACUUAGAAUAUACGAUGAUAUGGAAAGGAACGGCGUGGUGCCUGAUGAGAUGUUCCUUAGCACCCUAAUAGAUGUUGCUGGGCAUGCUGGGAAGGUUGAUGCAGCUUUUAGAAUCUUGCAGGAUGCAAAAAACAAAGGACUACAAGUUGGACAUGUUUCAUAUAGCUCCUUGAUGGGGGCCUGUUGCAAUGCAAAAAACUGGCAGAAGGCACUGGAGCUAUAUGAGGAGAUUAAGGCAAUCAAAUUGCUUCCAACAGUUUCGAUGCUGAAUGCUCUGAUCACCUCCUUAUGUGAUGGUGACCAAAUUUUGAAGUCCGUUGAAGUUCUUGAUGAAGUGAAAAAAUUAGGCGUGUGCCCAAAUGUCAUCACAUAUUCGGUCCUCAUAGUAGAAUGUGAAAAGGCUGGUGAAGCAGAAUUGGGUUUUACACUCCUUGGACAAGCCAAAACGGAUGGUAUUCUCCCUAAUCUCAUAAUGUGUCGCUGCCUGACUGGUUUGUGCCUACGUAGUUUUGAGAAGGCCUGUUCAGGUGGUGAGCCUAUUGUGGCUUUCAACUAUGGAAGACCACAAAUUGACAAUAAAUGGACGUCAUUAGCAAUAAAGGUCUACCGUGAAACAAUUUCAGCUGGUGUAAAACCCACAAUUGAGGUUUUCUCUCAAGUUUUGGGAUGCUUGCAGUUUCCUCGUGAUUCUUCAUUUAGAAAAAAGAUUAUCGAGAAUUUAGGAAUCAGCUUGGAUACUUCAAGGUGCUCAAACAUAAGUUCAUUGCUAGAUGGAUUUGGAGAAUAUGAUACCCGUUCCUUCUCCAUACUUGAGGAGGCUGCUUCACUGGGAGUGGUUUCACGUGUCUCGUUCAAGGAAAGUCCAAUUCUUGUCGAUGCAAGGAAAUUAGAGAUACAUACUGUUGAGGUGUAUCUCUUAACAAUUUUGAAAGGUUUGAAGCAUCGGCUGGCUGCUGGUGCAAGGUUACCCAACAUAACCAUAGUGUUACCUACAGAAAAAACACAGAUUCAAUCUAGCGAAGGAGAGAAAACAAUUAUCGUUGCUGGAAGGGUUGGUCAGGCAGUUGGUUCCUUGCUGAGGAGAUUGGGAGUUCGCUAUCAAGGAGACGAAUCAUAUGGGAAGAUGAGAAUCACUGGUCUUUCUCUAAGACGGUGGUUUAGGCCAAAGCUCACUGGCUCAACUUUGGCCAGAAGACCAGGAGAAAUGAUCCCAACACCAACUCGCCUUGCAAAAGGAAUAGCUGAUCAGCAGCGCAGCAUUCGCAACAGCAAUAAUCUGUCGUUCGAGUAGUAGUGUGUAUACGGUACCGCAUGCUGAUGGCCCUGUUCAUGUUGGAGUCGAGAAAGAACGACCGGCAGCAUGUUGGCCUGAGUUUUGGUCUGAUAAUGCAAGGUUUAUAUUUCCUUAAAUCAGGGGAUAGCAUUCUGUCUGGGAAAAAGAAAAAUUAAAGAGAGAGCUUUCUCCUUUGAGCCGUUGGAUGUGCAAGCAUUGAUUUAAUAAACGGGAGCUUGGCUUCUCUCUUGGCAUUGUUCAGGAUGGGAUUCCAACAAAUUCAGCUUCCACAUUGUCUCCAGAUUUGGCAGCUUCAGACCCCGACGCAAUCCAUAAAAUGUAAAUUCUCUGCAUGCUCAUUUGGUUGGGAUUGUAUGCUAUUAUUGCCAUGCCAUGUAUUAUUGUCGCUUAUUCUUACUUUCAUUCUAUGUUAGCUUUCUUACAUGCUGUCAAUUUCUGUUGAAUAUCUUCCCUGGUGUUA